AGCUGAAGAUUGCCAUCAUUACCGAAAUCCCGGGAACAAAUAAACAUACGUGCACAACUCCGUUGCUGCCUCGGAAAAACAAACUUCAUCCUCUGUUCCCUUAACGCUGGGUUCUUUGGGAAGCUGAAAAAGGUUUUUGUUUUGGAAAACAAAACAGAAGGGGUGUGGAAAAGAUGGAACAAGGACUAAGAGCUGUUGUUCUGGGGUGGCAGAAAUCUGAUAAAGCCUCAGUGAUAAACAGGCUUUUAGGUGAUGAAGUUGAGUCUGACAAACAUUUUGUGAAGUCUGUGAGAAGAGAUGGUGACGUGAAUGGAAGGAAGAUAACCCUGAUUAACACUCCAUGCUGGUGGCAGAUAUUUGGUUUGCAGGAUUCUCCAGAGGUUGUCAAACAGGAGCUGGUUUGCAGUGUCUUCAAGUGUCCACCGGGACCUCAUGUCUUUCUCCUGGUCAUUAACCUCAGUUUGCCUUUCACUGAAGAAAAUAGACUCAGCAUUGAGAAGCACUUUAGUCUGUUUGGUGAGAGGAUCUGGAGACACACUAUAGUUACACGAGCCGAUUCACUGAAGGACAAAAACAUUGAGCAGCACAUAAAGAAUCAAGAUCUGCAGCAGAUCAUACAGAGAUGUGGACAAAGAUAUCACAUCUUUGAGAAUGAAAAUAAAAGUGCUGCAGUUCAAGAACUGCUUGACAAGAUUGAUAAUGUUGUGGCAGCAAAUAAUGGCAAGCAUUUUGAAACACAUGAUGACAUGCUGCUGGAGAUAAAGAGAAAGAGAGAUGAAAACGAAGAUAAAGCAAAAGCCAGACAAAAAAUGUUGCAGGACAAAAGAAAACUGCUGAAAGAAUUAAAAGCUGGGGCUCUGUUCUCAGAAACAAGAAUUGUACUGCUUGGUUGGAUCCUUUCUGGGAAGAGUUCAACCAUACACACUAUCUUCAAUAAUGAAAAAGUUAAAACAGAAGGGACAGAAAAGUGCCCAAAAUAUUCAAGUAAAGUAAAUGACAGAAAAAUAACUGUGUUGGACACCCCAGGCUGGUGGAAAUAUUUCUCGUGUAAAUUCAACCCAAAGUUUGCUCAGGCCGCAAUCCUGGAGAGCAUCAGCCAAUCACAACAUAUGCAAUUCCCUCACGCCAUGAUCUUGGUGAUUCCUAUUGAUACUGCAUUCAACAUUGAACAGAAAAAAAUUAUUGAAGAGUAUAUGGCCAUUCUUGGAGAAGAGGUCUGGAGACACACCAUAGUUCUGUUCACAUGGGGUGACAGGUUUACAGACAUAUCAAUCGAGCAGCACAUUGAGAGUGAAGGUGACGCCCUCCAGUGGCUGAUUGAGAAAUGCAGGAACAGAUAUCACAUCUUUGACAACACAGACAAGAAGAACAGAGAUCAAGUCACAGAGCUGCUCCAGAAGAUCGAUGAGAUGGCAGCAGAAAACAGUCUGUUUCGUUUCAACAUACCAAAAUACAGUGAUCCAGAGAAAAGCCUUCAGAGAGCUGAACACACAAGAAAACACAAGAGAAAAAAGAAGGAUAAACAAGGAACAAUAAAAAAUCCAGAUAACGUUCAAGCUCAAAUCACAGAGCUGCUCCAGAAGAUCGAUGAGAUGGCGGCACAAAUCAGUCUGUUCAGUCUCCACACACAAUGUGCUGCAGAAGUUCCUGUACCUGACAAGGAAAUAAUUCUGAACGCUGAUCAUGUUGAGAAAUUAAUAAACCAGGAGCUGAACAACAGGUGUAAUGCGAUCAAAAAGAAGUUAAAGUUAGAGUUAUUAGGGAUGAAUUUCCCUGGAUGUAGAGAUGAAGAGUCAGACGCUGGCAUAGAAGUGGAAAGUGACAGUAGCAUGUUAGACACUCCAGAUUUGUCAGCUGAUGAAAAACUCAAGGAGCUGAUAAGGAGAGAAGGAAGCAGAUGGGAAACAAUUAUAAUGGAUGGACUCUCGAACAUUCUGCAGAAUCCUGAUGGAAACACGAGACAAAGUUCAAAUGAAAUGGUGAAGAUGUGGCUUCAAAAAAGUGAGGAACACAGUGCAUCUAAAACAUCAAAUAUGAAACUAGCUCAAUAGAUCAGCACAAUCCAGAGACGUCAGAAAAUGCAUCCAAACUUCAAAUUCAUUCACAUUAGCAAUACUUUAGUAAAAAAUGAUGCAUGCCUGCAGUUUGCAGAGUAAAACGGACGCUUAAAAAUGUGAUAAACAUAUGCUGUGUAAAUACAAUCAGCAGUUUAUUUGGUAAUUAUGUGUUAAAUAUGUGUGUUAAUAUUUCUAAUUAAUACUCAGAAUUGUAAAUGUAUAAUACUUUACAUAAAUGUAAUCGAAAUUUGAAAUCUUUUUAGAGUUAUGAUUUAGUCCGGUGCAGCAACCUGUAUCCUUUGAUUUUGUGUUUCACUGUUAUCUUUGAAUUGAUAAAUAUGAAUCACUUAAACUUCUAUCAGAGAUAUUUACUGAAAUGUCUAUGUUCAUAUAGUACUUUCUUUAAAAACAUCACAUAAUGUUGGUUGUCUGUGACAUCCUAUUUCUUUAUAAACACCACAGUUUGGGUUAGAUUGCCCCUCCCCGGUGUGGGCGUGGCCUAAAUGCUGUCUCUAUGGUUUAUUUAGAAUAUGGGGAUCUAUGAAUAUGCUAAUUAGCCCCGCCCCCACUCACUCAGAUCCACUCGGUCAACUUUACUGCAGUAAACGCUGCACAAUGGUAUCACUCUUUACAACAUCGGACACAUGACAGUAAUUAAUAUGAUUAGCCUUUUGCUUGACUGUGUUAUCAAACAGCUAAUAAUGUGUUGGUAAUGUUAAACGACUCUUGCUUAGUUAAUGAUAUGCUAAAGCCCGCUGGCACAUUGACGUGAUUGGUUACAAGGUAGUUUGUGAUGUCAGAAACACCAGCGAUUUCAAACCGAUCUUUAGAUCACUGCAGUUUCAAAGAGAAAAUACUCAGUAAUGG